UUGCUUGGCUGGGUCCAGGUCUUCCAUGGCGCAGUGAGCGCGAUCAAGGCGUUUGCUCGGCGUUUAUUUCUCUUUCGCUGGAAGGAAGAUGUGAGAUCGAUCGAUCUGGCAUUUAGGGUUUAGCAGCAACGUGUUGAAAUAGUUCAUCGCGAUCGCGUGUUGGGACGCUUGGAAAAUCCCUUUGUCUUUGUGUGUGUGUGGCUUCUCCUAGAAAGUUUGGGCUUGCUUCUUCUCUUCCUCGGCACUGGACGCUUUCUUUCUCUUUCUUCCUUUUCUUUUGAUUCUUUCUUCCUCUAUCCAGCCUUGGCUAUGGCGGUCGAGCGAGGUCGGGCAGUGGGCGGCAUUGGGUGCUAGGUCGCGAACCGAGCGAGCGCGUGGAUCUUGGAAUUUCGCGCACAGAUCGAUCGAUCGGGAGGAGAAAUAGCUCGUUGCGAGAGAUCGGGGAGCUAGAGAUGAUUGACACGCCACCGACUAGCAAGAACAGCAAGGAUCACGGCAAGGAGUUCACCGAUUUCCAAUGGCUGCUCGCGGAGCUAGAUCGGAUGUGGUUCCACGACAAUGCUUUCAGCUUCCCGUUGGGCGACUGGAUCCGAUCGAGCUGCUGCUGGUCGUGGGAUCAGUGCUGGCAGUCCCCGGAAUCCCUGGACAAGAAGAACAAGAGAUCGUGGAUUCCCCCAGAAAUCCAGUCCGUGGAGAUGGAGGCGGUGAUUCGGCCGUUGCGAGAGACUGGCAAGGUUUUCAGCACGGGCGACCUCCCUGGCGCUGGAUUCAAGCUUCUUAAGGAUGAGUCUCUAGAGGAGGAUCAAUGCGGAGGCGCGAUCUCUCCGGAGUGCGUCUCGGAUGGAGGAGGGGUGGUUGUUCUUGACGAGGAGGACGAAUUCACGACGCGGAAGCUGGAAACGAUCCCGUCGGCAUCGGCAUUGUUCGUCGCCGACGAGCCCACAAUCCAAGGGCUCGAGCGCUCCGAAUCUUCGCCCGCCGCCAUCGCCGCCACCGCCGCGUCUCCGCCAAACCCGCGCCGGCGGCGGCGAUCAUCGCAGCGCAGCAAGACCACGCGGAGCUGGAGCGAGCUGGAAUUCGACGAGGUCCGCGGGUUGCGAGAUCUGGGCUUCAAGCCCAGGGAGGGAGAUCUCAUGCCCCGGCGAGUGGUGAGCCUGGCGACGAGCACAGCCAGAUCAUCGCCCCGGCGCGAGCGGAUCUAUCCAUCCCACGCCUGGAGCAUCCGGAGGCCCGAUUCGCCGCUCCUCAACCUGCGAAUGCCGGAUCCAAACCGGCAGGGCGUGGAGGACAUGAAGGCGCAUCUCAAGUUCUGGGCUAGGGCUGUGGCAUCCACUGUGCGCCAGGAAUGCUAGAACGAAGAAGAACAAACGAGGAACACAUUCUUUGGUAUAUCCUCCAGCGCGCGGUGGCAUCGUGGUGGUAUAUUAUCUCGGCCAGUGCGGCGGCGAUGUGAAUGCUCCAGACUGGCUGGAACUGGAACUGCAAGAUUCGACCGUGUAUCAUAAAUACAUAUUUUACCGCAAUGUAACAAACUAGACGACCAUGGCGUCAAUUUUUCUACGUCAUCUAGCUAGGAUACAUCCGCUAUUCACCAUGGUGGCAUGCAUAACCAUUGCGGUAUAUUCUUAAGCACCAUUGUGGCAUAUUCGUUACAUUAUAAAUGUAAAAAAUAACAUAGAAUAUUCUUUAA